CCUUUUCACAAACGCACACACGCACGGCGGGUAAACGUGGGCAUCUUCUUUCACGCAUUAGUGCGGUGUAAUUUGCUCAGAGUGUCACAUUGUGGUGUAAACAAGGACGAGAAUUUUUAUUUUAUUUUUUUUUCUCUGAAAAUAUCACCGCAGUUCAGCUAUGGCAGCUUCGGAUUAUAAUUUUUUACUCGCGACGGAUUCAUACAAGAUCACGCACUAUAAGCAGUAUCCUCCAGACCUCAGCAAAGUUUAUUCUUACUUCGAGUGCCGGCGCAAGAAAGGGGCUCAGUUCAACGAGGUGGUGUUUUUCGGCCUGCAGUAUCUCCUGAAGAAAUAUAUCGCAGGACGCAUCGUCACAGAGGAGAAGAUUCAGGAGGCCAAAGUGUUUUACCAGAUGCACUUCAAGCAGUCGGUGUUUGACGAAGAGGGCUGGAGGAAACUGUUGGAGAGAUACGACGGCUGCCUCCCGAUCCGCAUCAAAGCCGUUCCUGAGGGGAAGAUCAUUCCCAGGGGAAACGUCCUGUUCACUGUAGAGAACACAGACCCAGACUUCUACUGGCUCACCAAUUACAUAGAGACCAUGCUGGUCCAAAUGUGGUACCCCAUCACCGUGGCAACCAUCUCCCGGGAGUUCAAAAAGAUCCUUGCCAAGCAUCUGAAGGCCACGUCGGGAAGUUUGGAGGGGCUGGAGUUCAAACUGCAUGAUUUCGGCUACAGAGGAGUCUCCUCUCAGGAGUCGGCGGCGCUGGGUGGAGCCGCUCACCUGGUGAACUUUUCCAGCACGGACACAGUGGCUGGAAUCCUCAUGGCUCAGCGCUACUACAGCUGCCCCAUGGCUGGUUUCUCCAUACCUGCUGCUGAGCACAGCACCAUCAUCUCCUGGGGCCGGAGCAGAGAGAAGGACGCAUAUGAGUAUCUGCUGGACCAGUUCCCCUCAGGCCCCGUGGCAGUGGUCAGCGACAGCUACGACAUCUUCAAGGCCUGCAAGCACAUCUGGGGAGACAAGCUGAAGGAGAGAGUGAUGGAACGCAGCGAAGACGCCGUCCUCGUCAUCCGGCCCGACUCGGGAGACCCCACAGAGACGCUGCUGGAGGUCAUAAAGAUUUUAGAGGAGUGUUUUAGCUGUUCUCUGAACUCUGUAGGCUAUAAAGUGCUUCCAUCAUACAUACGCAUCAUCCAGGGUGAUGGGAUCGAUCUCUGCUCAGUCGAGAAGAUCCUGAAGAAGCUCAGCGACGAGGGCUGGAGCGCGGAGAACGUAUUCUUCGGCUGUGGAAGCGCCCUGCUGCAGAAGAUCAACAGAGACACACUGAACUGUGCGUUUAAAUGCAGCUACGUGGAGAGUAGCGGGAAGGGGAUGGACGUGUAUAAGCAGCCAGUGACAGAUCCGUCUAAGGGUUCGAAGCGCGGUCGUCUGUCACUGAGGAGAAACUCAGAUGGGUUUAUAGAGACAGUGGAACGGGGUGCAGGCAAACCGGAGGAGGACAUGCUUGUGACGGUGUUUGAGAAUGGGACCAUCCUGAAGGAGUACUCUCUGGACGAGAUCCGGAAGAACGCCCAGCUCUGGGAGGAGGACCUGAGCCCGGCGCAGCACAACCAGGACCACAGCAGCACGCUGGACAUCCACCAGAAACACAUCAUGAACGGCUUGCACUAAUCACGACACCGCCCACCCACCAACGGACCAAUCGAUCCCCUCCUUCCCAUCAAACUCCACCCUUUUCCCAGUUAUGCUCCACCCCAUUCCCAGUACGCCUUGUGUGUCCAUACGGCCAGCGCAAACAACGUUCAUCCUUCGUGGAGUGAUAGAUCACAGUGACGUUCGAUUUUUUUAGAUCACAGUGAUGUUAAAUCAGGUUUUUACAUCUAUUAAAUUUUCGUUUAAAUCUACCAAAACAUUGGAAUGACAUUUUGUAUUGACUUCGAAGUUCUCCAGUGGUGGAGAGAACCUCUAAAUCUAGAUAAGUUACUUCAGUUGGCGAAAAAUUAGCACUAAAUUCACAAAGUCAUCUUUUUUUUUUUUUUUUUUUUUUU